AUGUUUGAUGAAAUGCUCAAGAAUGCGGAAGACUUUUACCAAUCUUUAAAGAUCCCAUACAGAAUUGUGAACAUUGUUUCCGGUGAGUUAAAUAGUGCUGCUGCUAAGAAGUGUGACCUUGAGGCCUGGUUUCCGGGGUCUGGUGCUUUCCGUGAACUAGUGUCCUGCUCGAACUGCACUGACUAUCAGUCGAGAAGACUCGGUAUUCGGUACGGUCAGACCAAGAAGAUGAAUGCGAAGGCAGAUUACGUGCACAUGCUAAACGCGACCAUGUGUGCCACCACCCGGACGUUAUGCGCUAUACUUGAAAACUAUCAAACUGACGAGGGCAUCGAAAUACCAGAAGUGCUGCAGGCUUUCAUGCCGAAAUGUUAUCAAACGAUCAUUCCAUUUGUUAAAAAGAUUGCGGAUAUUCCCAAGAAGAAUACGCCUAAGCCUGCUGAUCAACCUUCGUUAAACAGAGACAACCACAAAGAAGAGUGA